GGCGGGCUGGCGGGUGUCCGGGCGGAGACCCGGCCCGGGACCGGCGGCGCGCGGCAGCCGAGGCCCAGCUCCAGGACGCACUCGCCCCAGCCCGGGAGGCAUGCUGAAGCCAGGCGGCCGGCAGGAUGAGUGUGCACGAGGCGGGCAGCUCCGGCCGCCGGGAGCAGGCAGCCUACCACCUGCACAUCUACCCACGGCUGUCCACCACCGAGAGCCAGGCCUCGUGCCGUGUGACCGCCACCAAGGACAGCACCACGUCCGACGUCAUCAGGGACGCCAUUGCCAGCCUGCAGCUGGACGGCACCAAGUGCUACGUGCUGGUGGAGGUCAAGGAGUCGGGCGGGGAGGAGUGGGUGCUGGACGCCAACGACUCCCCGGUGCACCGCGUGCUGCUGUGGCCCCGGCGGGCGCAGGACGAGCACCCGCAGGAGGAUGGCUACUACUUCCUGCUGCAGGAGCGCAAUGCGGACGGGACCAUCAAGUACGUGCACAUGCAGCUGGUGGCCCAGGCCACCGCCGCCCGGCGCCUGGUGGAGCGUGGCCUCUUGCCGCGACAGCAAGCGGACUUUGAUGACCUGUGCAACCUCCCUGAGCUGACCGAGGACAACCUCUUGAAGAACCUCAAGCACCGCUUCUUGCAGCAGAAGAUCUACACGUACGCGGGGAGCAUCCUGGUGGCCAUCAACCCCUUCAAGUUCCUCCCGAUCUACAACCCCAAGUACGUGAAGAUGUACGAGAACCAGCAGCUGGGCAAGCUGGAGCCCCACGUCUUCGCGCUGGCCGACGUGGCCUACUACGCCAUGCUGAGGAAGCGCGUCAACCAGUGCAUCGUGAUCUCGGGUGAGAGUGGCUCCGGCAAGACCCAGAGCACCAACUUCCUGAUCCACUGCCUUACUGCCCUCAGCCAGAAGGGCUACGCCAGCGGCGUGGAGAGGACCAUCCUGGGGGCCGGCCCCGUGCUGGAGGCCUUCGGGAACGCCAAGACCGCCCACAACAACAACUCCAGCCGGUUCGGGAAGUUCAUCCAAGUCAACUACCUGGAGAGCGGCAUCGUGAGAGGAGCUGUGGUUGAAAAAUACCUGCUUGAAAAGUCUCGCCUGGUCUCUCAGGAGAAGGAUGAGAGGAACUACCACGUGUUUUACUACUUGUUACUCGGUGUCACCGAGGACGAGCGCCAAGAAUUUCAGCUCAAGCAGCCUGAAGAUUAUUUCUACCUCAACCAGCAUAACUUGAACAUCGAGGAUGGAGAAGACCUGAAGCACGACUUUGAGAGGCUCAAGCAGGCCAUGGAGAUGGUGGGCUUCCUCCCGGCCACCAAGAAGCAGAUCUUCUCUGUCCUGUCGGCCAUCCUGUACCUGGGCAACGUCACUUACAAGAAGAGAGCCACGGGCCGCGACGAAGGCCUGGAGGUCGGGCCCCCCGAGGUGCUGGACACGCUGUCCCAGCUCCUGAAGGUGAAGCGAGAAAUCCUGGUGGAGGUCCUGACCAAAAGAAAAACGGUGACCGUCAACGACAAGCUCAUCCUGCCCUACAGUCUCAGCGAGGCCAUAACCGCCCGCGACUCCAUGGCCAAGUCACUGUACAGUGCCCUGUUCGACUGGAUUGUGCUGCGGAUCAACCACGCCCUCCUCAACAAGAAGGACAUGGAAGAGGCUGUCUCAUGCUUGUCCAUCGGGGUCCUCGACAUUUUUGGGUUUGAAGACUUCGAGAGGAAUAGUUUUGAGCAGUUCUGCAUCAACUAUGCCAAUGAGCAGCUGCAGUAUUACUUCAAUCAGCACAUUUUUAAACUAGAGCAGGAGGAGUACCAGGGGGAGGGGAUCACCUGGCACAACAUCGACUACACGGACAACGUGGGCUGCAUCCAGCUCAUCAGCAAGAAGCCCACCGGCCUCUUCCACCUGCUGGACGAGGAGAGCAACUUCCCCCACGCCACAAGCCAGACCCUGCUGGCCAAGUUCAAACAGCAGCAUGAAGACAACAAGUAUUUCCUGGGCACCCCCGUCAUGGAGCCGGCGUUCAUCAUCCAGCAUUUUGCCGGGAAGGUCAAGUAUCAGAUCAAGGACUUUCGCGAGAAGAACAUGGACUACAUGCGACCUGACAUUGUGGCCCUCCUGCGGGGCAGUGACAGCCCCUACGUGCGGGAGCUCAUCGGCAUGGACCCCGUGGCUGUCUUCCGCUGGGCUGUGCUCCGGGCCGCCAUCCGCGCCAUGGCCGUGCUGCGGGAGGCCGGGCGUCUGCGGGCCGAGAGGGCUGAGAAGGCCACAGCAGGUAUGGGCAGCCCUGGUGCCCGCAGUCACCUGGGAGAGCUGCCAAGAGGAGCCAACACUCCAUCAGAAAAACUAUACCGCUGCUCAGUGCUAGAUUUCUCAUUUGACUGCUCUGAGGAGUUCGAUAUUAACGCUUUUGAGGACAUCAUUGCUUUCUAUGAAAGCAAGAACGAUUUGCAUAACCAAAUCAUCAAGAGCAUCAAAGGACUGCCCUGGCAGGGCGAGGACCCCCGUAGGCUUCUGCAGUCCCUCAGUCGGCUCCAGAAACCCCGCGCCUUCAUCCUGAAGAGUAAAGGUAUCAAACAAAAGCAGAUCAUUCCAAAGAACCUGCUAGACUCCAAGUCCCUGAAGCUCAUCAUCAGCAUGACCCUGCAUGACCGCACCACCAAGUCCCUGCUGCAUCUGCACAAGAAGAAGAAGCCACCGAGCAUCAGCGCCCAGUUCCAGACGUCCCUCAACAAGCUCCUGGAGGCCCUGGGGAAGGCGGAGCCCUUCUUCAUCCGCUGCAUCCGCUCUAAUGCCGAGAAGAAAGAGCUGUGUUUCGAUGACGAGCUGGUUCUGCAGCAGCUGCGCUACACGGGCAUGCUGGAGACGGUGCGCAUCCGGCGGUCGGGCUACAGUGCCAAGUACACGUUCCAGGACUUCACAGAACAGUUCCAGGUACUGCUGCCCAAAAACGCCCAGCCCUGCAGAGAGGUCAUCUCUGCCCUCCUGGAGAAGAUGAACGUAGACAAGAGGAGCUACCAGAUCGGGAAGACCAAGGUCUUCCUGAAGGAGACAGAGCGGCAGGCCCUGCAGGAGACACUGCACCAGGAGGUGGUCCGCAAGAUCCUGCUCCUGCAGAGCUGGUUCCGCAUGAUGCUGGAGCGCAGGCGCUUCCUGCAGAUGAAGCGCGCGGCCGUCACCAUCCAGGCCUGCUGGCGCUCCUACCAGGUGUGGCGGACGCUGGAAAGGACGCAGGCGGCUGUGUACCUCCAGGCUGCGUGGAGGGGCUACCGCCAACGGAAGGCCUACCGCCGCCGGAGACAGAGCAUCAUCCGCCUGCAGAGCCUCUGCCGGGGGCACCUGCAGCGCAGGAGCUUCAGCCUGAUGGUCUCGGAGAAGCGGAAGGCGGAGGAGCAACUGAGGGAAGCCCUUCAAGUCACCAGGCUGGAGCCCACGGAGGGCCGGCCGGGCCCUGUGGUCCCCGCAGAGCAGGUGGCUGAGCAGAGCAGAGGGCCCAUGGGGGACAGGUCCCCAGCGGGGGCCUCCUCACCAGAGAAAGAGGUGCCCAGCGUGGAGAAGGAAGUCCCCUCCCCAAAGAGCGCGACGGCAGAAAGUCAGGAGAGGGCGCCCAGCAGCCGGGAGAAGCGCGAGUCCCGGCGGCAGAGGGGCCUGGAGCACGUGGAGCUCCAGAAGCAGCACAUGCAGUCCUGCAAGGAGGGCGUCCUCAGGGAGCCCUGCAGAAAGGCGGCCCUGGAGCCCGGGGACAGCCUCACCGCAGGCAGGAAGGACAGCAGGGCCAGUGGAGCCCCUCCAGAGGCGGGCUCGCCCAAGAGGCCCACCGUGGAGCCAGCCCCGGCCGCGGCAGGCAGCAGGGCCCCCGGAGACCUGGAGAAGGGCCCCCCAGACGGGAGCCCGCGGCCCGGCCGCAUACAGCGGCCAACCAGCCUGGCCCUGGACAGCAGGGUCAGCUUAUCCAUGCCGGACAGCACCUCCGAAGCCCCCAAGAGCAAGGGCAGGGCCGGCAGCAGCCCGAGGGCUCAGGACAAGCCGGAGAGCCCUGGAGGCUCCACCCAGAUCCAGCGGUACCAGCACCCGGACAGUGAGCGGCUGGCCAGUGUUGUCGAGCUAUGGAGGGGCAAGAAGCUGAUGGCCGCCACCGGCUCCAGCACCAUGCUGAGCCAGUCCCUGGACCUCAGCGACAGGCCCUGGGGCCCGGGCAGUGCCCUCACACCCACGGAGGAGAGGCGCGCCUCCUUGUCCACCAGCGAUGUCUCCAGGCUGUCCCCCGCCAAGGCACAGGUCAGGCCAUGGCUGCAGCCCACUUCCACCCCAGACGGGAGUGGAGGCAGCGGCUGGAGCGCACAGUGGGGAAGCAGGGUCCCCAGCACAGCCGCCCACCUCACCCAGGCCGUCCUCGCGCAGACGUCAGCAGACACCGAAGGGGAGCUGAGCACAAAGAAGCCGGCCGUGCAGAAGAAGAAGUCGGGAGACUCGUUCCCCGGCCCAGAGGCAGGGCUGUCCCCGGGCUCCCAGGCUGACUCUAAAUCCACAUUUAAGAGGCUUUUCCUACAUAAAACCAAGGAUAAGAAGUGUAGCCUGGAGGGUGCGGAGGAGGGGGAGAACCCUGCGCCACAUGCCCCACCGGACACCUCGGCCCCCCGGAAGGGUCUAGAAGGUCAGAGCCAGAGCCUCGGGGAAGGGGGCAGUGCCCCUACCGCAUUUGCGGAUGCCGAGUCCCUAGCAGGCACAGCCCCCUCUGGCCACCAGCACCGCCACACAGCAGGCGAGAAGCACACCAAGGAGAUAGGAGGCAAAGGAAAGAAGAACCGAAACCUCAAGAUCGGCAAGAUCACAGUGUCGGAGAAGUGGCGGGAAUCGGUGUUCCGCAAGAUCACCAACGCCAACGAGCUCAAGUACCUGGACGAGUUCCUGCUCAACAAGAUAAAUGACCUGCGCUCCCAGAAGACGCCCAUCGAGAGCUUGUUCAUCGAAGCCACUGAGAAGUUCAGGAGCAACAUCAAAACCAUGUACUCUGUUCCGAAUGGGAAGAUCCACGUCGGCUACAAGGACCUAAUGGAGAACUACCAGAUUGUGGUCAGCAACCUGGCCACAGAGCGCGGUGAGAAGGACACCAACCUGGUCCUCAACCUCUUCCAGUCUCUGCUGGACGAAUUCACCCGCGGUUACACCAAGAAUGACUUUGAGCCUGCGAAGCAGAGCAAAGCUCAAAAGAAGAAGCGGAAGCAGGAGCGUGCCGUCCAGGAGCACAACGGGCACGUGUUCGCCAGCUACCAGGUGAGCAUCCCGCAGUCCUGCGAGCAGUGCCUCUCCUACAUCUGGCUCAUGGACAAGGCCCUGCUCUGCAGCGUGUGCAAGAUGACCUGCCACAAGAAGUGUGUGCACAAGAUUCAGAGCUACUGCUCCUACACAUGUGGGAGGAAGAGUGAGCCGGGUGUCGAGCCAGGCCAUUUCGGCGUGUGCAUGGACAGCCUGACCAGUGACAAGGCCUCCGUGCCCGUCGUGCUGGAGAAGCUUCUGGAACACGUAGAGAUGCACGGCCUGUACACUGAGGGCCUCUACCGCAAGUCAGGCGCUGCCAAUCGUACUCGAGAGCUCCGGCAAGCACUGCAGGCAGACCCCACGGCAGUCAGGCUGGAGGACUUCCCCAUCCACGCCAUCACCGGCGUGCUGAAGCAGUGGCUGCGGGAGCUGCCUGAGCCCCUCAUGACCUUCGCCCAGUACGGUGACUUCCUCCGGGCCGUCGAGCUCCCCGGGAAGCAGGAGCAGCUGGCCGCCAUCUACGCGGUGCUGGAGCACCUGCCCGAGGCCAACCACAACUCCCUGGAGCGCCUCAUCUUCCACCUUGUCAAGGUGGCCCUGCUUGAGGAUGUGAAUCGCAUGUCGCCUGGGGCACUGGCCAUCAUCUUCGCACCCUGCCUCCUGCGCUGCCCUGACAACUCGGACCCGCUGACCAGCAUGAAGGACGUCCUGAAGAUCACCACGUGCGUGGAAAUGUUGAUCAAAGAGCAGAUGAGAAAGUACAAAGUAAAGAUGGAGGAGAUCAACCAGUUGGAAGCUGCAGAGAGCAUCGCCUUCCGCAGGCUCUCGCUCCUACGACAAAAUGCUCCAUGGCCUCUCAAACUGGGGUUUUCGUCUCCCUAUGAGGGGGUCCUGAACAAGAGCCCCAAGGCCCAGGUGAGCAGGGACAGCAGCCUGGAGGAGCUAGAAGUGCUGCCGGAAGAGGAGGCAGCGGGCGGUGAUGAGGACCGGGAGAAGGAGAUCCUCAUGGAGCGGAUCCAGUCCAUCAAGGAGGAGAAGGAGGACAUCACCUACCGGCUCCCAGAGCUGGACCCAAGGGGCUCUGACGAGGAAAACCUGGACUCGGAGACAUCAGCCAGCACUGAGAGCCUGCUGGAGGAGCGGGCGGGGCGGGGGGCCCCGGAAGGGCCCCCCACGCCUGCUCUCCCCUGCCCCAGUGCGCCCACCCCAAGCCCCCUCCCCGCGGCAGCCGCCCCUCCACGACGAAGGCCGUCCUCCUUCGUCACCGUCAGAGUGAAGACCCCCCGGCGGACCCCCGUCAUGCCCACGGCCAACAUCAAGCUCCCACCUGGCCUGCCCUCCCACCUUUCCGGAUGGGCACCAGGGGUCCAGGAGGCUGCUGUCCCAGUGAGGCGCCGAGAGCCACCUGCCCGCCGCCCGGACCAGGUGCACUCUGUGUACAUCACACCCGAGGUGAACCUGCCUGCACAGGGUGUCCUGGGACCCCUGGAGGAGGACCGGCCUCCUGGGUUCAAGCGGAGGUACUCGGACCCCCCAGUGUACUGCCUGCCCCCAGCCUCGGGUCAGGCCAACGGCUGAGGGUGCCGGCAGCAGUCUGUGUGUCCAAGGACGGCCCCUGGGCUGCAGCUGGGCCUGAGCUGUGGAGCUAGCCUCCAGCUGAGAAAGAUCCAGAAAGAAAAGCUCCAGCCUCGGAGUGAGGUGGGCACGGGCUCCAAGUGCAGGCACGGCAGGACGGGCCCACCAGGGCCAGCCCCGAGCUGCCCGCGUCUGCAGCACCGGCUCAGCGGCAGCCGCGGCUUCCCCUCUUUUGUAUGUUUUUACAGUAACUGUUUCUUUGUAUGUGGUUUACAUAACUUUUAAGUUGUAACAGCCUUAACGGAGACCAAAUCGUUUUUUAUAUGUGUAUGUUCAAACUUUUAUAUUAACGCUGUGCGUCUCCCUGUAACCUGGACGGGUCCUCAGAGCAGGGCCACUCGUUCAGCUGCUGUGCUGCAUCCAGUCGGUGGGAGGUCAGCGAACUGGGACCCGCAGAAGGGGUUUAGCCCCAGGGGACACCUGGCCACCCCGUCUGUUUCCAACGUGUGUCUCCGACAGCAGUGGCCACCUGGCCUGCGUACAUUCCAGGGAACGCUGGAGCCUUCCACAGGGGUCAAGGCUGUCGGCUGGAGCCAGGAUAUGAAUCGGGAUGGCCCUUGACCCGGGCAGCACCGACCUUGCAUCCCAGGGAGAUCUGAAUGUGGCUGCCACACCUCCCUCUACCACGCCUGGAUGCCCAAGGCUGGAGAAGGCUGCCCUGGGCGCUGCCUGCCCUGUGUGACAUGAGCCAAUGACCCAGGACGUUAGGGAUGGGCAGGGCAGGGACGGCAAAGCCUGCAGUUGUCCGUCCCUCCAGCAGCAGCCUGGGGAUCCUGGAGUGGAGUGCUCCCCUCUCAGGCCCCACCCACUCCCCAGACGCUUGGACACUUGGCCACAGGCCUGGGACAAAGGGCACUCUGCACAAGGUGUGAAAUAAA